ACGCCCCGGCUCUGCUUCCUUCCGACUCUGAGCCCGAAAGAAAGCUCUCCUCUUUCCCCACCCACCGGUCUCCUCCCACCUGAACCCCCAUUAACUCCUCGGCCCCGGAGAAGAGAUCCCCCGUCCAUCCAUCCGCCAUGUCCGUCACGCGGGUUCUCGCCCUGCUGGCGGCGGCGGCGCUGCUGGCCGCGGCGCCGGCGAGCGUGGGCGCGGCGGGGGCGUGCACGGCGGAGAGGUUCUCCAAGAACCGCGUGUACGCGGCCUGCACCGACCUGCCUACCCUGGGCGCGUCCGUGCACUGGACCUACGACCCGGCGGCGUCCUCCCUCUCCGUGGCCUUCGUCGCCGCGCCGCCCUCGGCCGGCGGCUGGGUCGCCUGGGGGCUCAACCCCACCGGCGACGGCAUGAGCGGCACCCAGGCGCUCGUCGCCGCACCCAAGGGCGGCGCGUACGGCGUGGAGACGUACGCCAUCCAGGGAACGUCCCUCGGAUCGCCGGGGAGCAUCGCCUACAAGACGACCGACCUCGCCGCCGAGGUCGGCGCUGACGGCCGCGUCCAGAUGUUCGGGAAGCUCGCGCUCCAGAACGGCACCGGGGAGGUGAACCAGGUUUGGCAGGUCGGGCAGGUGUCCGGCGGGAGCAUCGGCAUACACGCAAUGGCCGCUGCCAACAUGGGCGCCAAGGGGAAGCUCAACCUCAUCACGGGGGCGACCACCGCCGUCAGCGGAGGCAGCAUCCUCAGGAAGAAAAAUACCCAUGGAAUUCUGAAUGCUGUGAGUUGGGGGAUUCUACUGCCAAUGGGAGGCAUAGUUGCUAGAUAUCUCAAGACAUUCAAAUCAGCCGACCCUGCUUGGUUCUACCUUCACGUUGCUUGCCAGCUGAUAGGGUAUGGUGUGGGAGUAUCCGGCUGGGCCACCGGUAUUCAUCUAGGAAAUCUGUCCAAGGGAAUCACCUACUCGCUUCACAGGAACAUUGGGAUCGCUGUAUUUGCUCUUGGUACCGUUCAGAUCUUUGCGUUGUUCCUGAGGCCCAAGAAGGAUCACAAGCUGCGGGUGUACUGGAACGUGUACCACCACUCGGUGGGCUACACCAUCAUCAUCCUGGGCAUCGUCAACAUCUUCAAGGGCAUGAGCAUCCUGAACGUGGAGCAGAAGUGGAAGACGGGGUACAUCAUCGCAAUCGGCAUCCUGGGCGGUGUGGCCGUGGUGCUGGAGGUGAUCACCUGGAGCAUCGUGUUGAAGAGGAGGAAGACGGAGGACAAGGCCUACAACGGCGGCGCCUCCAACAACAACGGCCACCUGCCGCUCUCUAUGUGAUGUGAUUCUUUCCCGGUGACGGGCCAGAAUCUAUGAUUGUCUUGGUGGUUGUGUUGAGCUGCGCGUGAGCAUGGAUGGGCAGAUGUGUAGGUUAGGGUCUUGGUGGCCUUCUCGGUCUCUCUGUUUCUUUUUGUAUGAUUAUUACGAUAGAUGUGUGUAUAGUAAUACUGCACAUUAUAUUGAUUACACCAGAGAUGAGAGAGAGAUGCUGGUCGAUGGAUAGUUGGGUA